ACUGUAGUGUGCAUCGUGUGCGCUAUUUUUGGCCGCGUAUCAAAAAUGAAUACGGUGUAGACUAAGUCUUAUUCUACAAAGGUGGAGGUAAUUUUGCGUAUUGUGGGCAGGUGAAAGGUGUUGUGUUUAUUUUUGUAGUUACUUCAACAAAAGAAAUUUACUUAAAAAUGAUGCAAUUUAUGUUAUUAUUCAGUCGCCAAGGAAAGUUGCGCCUGCAAAAGUGGUAUGUGGCUCAUCCAGAUAAAUUAAAGAAGAAAAUUACGCGCGAAUUGAUUACUACAAUAUUGGCAAGGAAACCUAAAAUGUCAAGUUUCUUAGAAUGGAAGGAUGUUAAAGUUGUCUACAAACGAUACGCGAGUUUAUAUUUCUGUUGUGCAAUCGAACAGAAUGACAAUGAAUUACUCACUUUAGAAAUCAUACACCGUUACGUUGAAUUGUUGGAUAAAUAUUUUGGAAGUGUGUGUGAAUUAGAUAUAAUCUUCAACUUUGAGAAAGCGUACUUCAUCUUAGAUGAAUUAUUGGUUGGUGGUGAAAUUCAGGAGACCAGCAAAAAGAAUGUGUUAAAAGCCAUUGCAGCUCAGGAUUUACUACAGGAGGAUGAAGCUGUGGAAGGUGCUCUGCGGGAGAUAGGGCUUUUGUAGGUGCUGCGUUCUUGCAUGCCCUUCAUGGCCAAUCUGACAACCCACAUGAAUCAAGACCUGGAGCAGGCUCACCCGCUGCAUGAUGCCAUCAUACGUCUCUACUUUUUCUAUAGUUACUGAGCAUCAAUUUUUUACUUACCAUUGAAAACCCUUACAAAUCUAGUAUACAAACUUUAGUAUAUUUUUCUAUAGGCAACUGCUAUAACUCAUAUAUGAAGAGAGUAAUAUAAUAUUAGCUCAUAGAAAAUCCUCUUAGUAAUAUUAUUGCUUCUUAUUUUAUUACUGAGUAGGUAAUAGCUACAACAUAGAUUAGUCCCGUACUAUGGCAAUAAAAUUACGUGUAUUUAGAAAGCCAUUAUUUAUCUGUGAAUACAACACAAAAGUAUUUACAUAGAGUUUACACAAUUUUUUAUUGCAUAAGAAAUUCUUUCUUUACAUUUUGUAUAGUUUCCUUUAUAUGUAUAUGUUUACAUACGUAUAUGUAAACAUGACCAUAUUUAUUUUAGCAUAAAUUAAAGAUGAACGUUCUAAGGUAUCACUUUUGUAUGUGUGUAUGUGUAUAUACAUAAGCAGUGUCAAUUUUUAAUGUUAUAAUUCUAACAAGGUAAUAAUACCAAUAAUAAAUGUAUGAAAAGGAA